UUGUCAGUUUGCAAUUACUGUGAAGGCCUUGUUCGAGUCCCGCCGGCCUGUUGGUUCGUGCCGUCCCGUCCCGGUUACCAGACGCCCGGCUGGCUUAGACAGUCCGAGCAGCCGGAGUCGGAGUGUAGCCAUGCUGUUUUUGUGCUCCCGAUGCCUAUCUCCACUGGAUGCACUCCACAUCUUCUGGCCUCACUCCAACCCUCUUGGAGGCUUGCGCCCAACCGGCACACGACAGGCAAUCGGACGACUCAUGGAGGCUGCGAGGCAAGAAAGAGUUACUGUUGGUGCACAGACCCGAACUCGCAAGGUCUUGUUGGCGUGCGAUUGCUGUACUAUCGGCGCGAAUAUGGACAGAGGGGCUACUUUCACUCCGGCCUGCGGAUGGGGCCAAAAGAGGUUGGGGGUGCAAAAUGGGAAGAAUUAUGUACAUUGUCGCUGGCUAAUCAUUUUUUAAUGAUUGUACCUCUAAUUUAUCCCAAUGGUGGUCUUUCACUCCCUCUCUCUCUCUCUCUGUGUGUGUGUUUUAAUUUCGUCCUCGAACUCAUGAAUGUGUGCUCGGGUCUCAAGACGAGCACGCCUAGAUUGACAUGCACCUGUUCUCUAAGCCUGAGGCCCGUUGGUAGCGCCUCGCCGUCUUCACGACCCGACCCGACCCGACCCUCUUCGGCUCAACUCGCUCAACCCAAUUCAAGUCUGGCCAGCUCAGCCCAACACUCUCUCAUGUCCUGUCCAACUCGACCCCUCAUGUACUCCUGUUUCACUCACUUUUGGAUGCUCCAGUCUGUGAGAAUGGUUGCUGCAAUACUCAGAGGCCACUUAUUGCAAACCGACUCUCUGGACGGAAGUCAGUCGACCCCAAAUGAGGCUGGCAUGACUAGACGUUGUGACCUCAUCAGAAAGAUGGUCCUUUGA